AUGGAGUGCUCAUUCGGAAUCACAGGGAAGGGUUAUACGAUCAUUGCAUCGGAUUGCAAUGCUGCAAGAAGUAUUGUAAAGAUGAAAGGCGAUGAAGAUAAGAUGAGAGUCUUGUCUAAACAUUUGGUAAUGGCAUACAAUGGUGAAGCAGGAGAUACAUUGCAAUUCUCCGAAUACGUAGAGAGAAAUUUACGUCUAUAUGAAAUCAGAAACCACGUCGAGCUACGUCCAAAGGCAGCAGGAAGUUGGAUCCGUGCCCAAGUUGCCGAAUCACUACGAUCAAGAAAGCCAUACCAAGUCAAUUUGCUAUUAGGAGGAUUUGAUGUACCGUCUUCUAGUCCAGCACUUUUCUGGCUCGAUUAUCUUGGCACAUUGGCAAGCGUUCCAUAUGCCGCCCAUGGAUACGGAGCACAUUUCACAAUGGGAACUUUGGAUCGUUAUCAUCGUCCGGAUAUGUCAGAACAAGAAGGUUUGGAAUUAUUGAAAAGGUGUAUUGAUGAACUCAAGAAACGUUUCAUCGUUGAUUUGGGAACAUGGAAAGUUCGAGUGAUUGACAGACAAGGCAUUCGCGAAAUUCAACUGUAA